UUUCAGCAUGAUUAUUAGAUGGUUGACUAACUAUAACAUCCCAGCCUUCCCUGCAUGUGGGCCACAUGGGUGGACCCUUGCUACUGAGUUUUUUUAGUACUCCUAAUAAGGCAAAAUGCACUUGCCCAAACAUAGGUUCGUUUUGCAAUCCAGAGAAAUUCGUGAUUUUUAUCUACACGUGUCAUUUUGCAGGCUAUUAGAAUAACCUUCAAACAAUCGUGCCAGAUUCACGUUAAACUUCGUGGGGCACCUUAAAAUCCCACCGUCCAAGAGAGGAAGAAGCAAAGGACGAAUCUAACCACCAACCCAUCACAUUCUAUUUUGAGCUGAACUCAUUUAAAACCUCCCAAACACUCCCGUAAAACCAAUGGUGCUAAUACAAGCACUAGGCCCACCUUCAAACACUUCUCUCACACCUCUUAUAACCCACAUCUAAUCUCACUUGAUCAGCACUAAUCAUGACUUCAGGAGGCCCACCCAUGAUCAUCAUCAUCUCCAAGCACUUGGGCCUCUCUCUUCUUCUCUUUCUCUUCUUAGCAAAUGCCACUGCUGCUGUAAGGGCGAAGAGCCCUGGCAUGAACAUCAUCGACCAAUGCUGGCGGACAAACCAGAACUGGGCCAGGAACAGGCAACAGCUAGCGACGUGCUCGAUUGGGUUCGCAGGCAAAAUGACAAACAAUGUGGGUCGGGGUCUGACGGUAUACACGGUUACAGACGCCAGCGAUGACCCGAUGAAGCCUCGCCAGGGGACGCUGCGCUACGGAGCAACGAUGCUAAAAGGAAAGGUUUGGAUUAAGUUCCAGAAGGACAUGCAGAUAAAGCUUGAGAAGCCACUUCUAAUCAGUAGCUUCACAGCCAUUGAUGGCCGUGGGGCGAAUGUCCACAUCGCCCAUGGCACAUGCUUCUUGCUUCAUGAGGUGACCAACGUUAUCAUCCAUGGGCUCCACUUCCACCACUGCCACAAACCCAAUCCCGGCCCAGUGAUCGGUCCAGGAGGGAAGAUCGUGCAAUUGGGAAGGCAGGAUGGCGAUGCCAUCGCCAUCGUUGGGUCCACGAAGAUCUGGAUUGACCAUAACACCCUCUACGAAUGCCACGACGGUCUCCUAGACGUUACCCGUGGAUCGACAGACGUGACUAUAUCAAACAACUGGUUCAAUAACCAUGACAAGGUGAUGCUUUUGGGCCACGAUGACGGGUUCGUGAUGGACAAGAGAAUGAGAGUGACAGUGAUCUUCAAUCGCUUUGGCCCCAAUUGCCAUCAACGAAUGCCCAGGGUUCGACAUGGGUAUGCUCAUGUCACAAACAAUCUCUACCAAGGCUGGGGAAUGUACGCCAUCGGCGGAAGUAUGAAUCCCAGCAUUAGAAGCGAAGCAAAUCUCUUCAUAGCUCCGAAAUCCAGCAACAAAGCGGUAACAUGGAGGGAAGGAGGGAAGGGAAGUGGAAAGUCAUGGAAUUGGCAGUCAGUGAAUGACCACUUUGUUAAUGGAGCUUACUUCAAACAGACUGGUAGUGGUGGAGUAGCCCCACGAUACAACCGAUACCAAAGAUUUAAAAUUGCAAGUGCUGGGGCGGUGAGGACAUUGACAAGAUCUUCAGGCGCCCUGCGUUGCUUUACAAGAUAUAGGUGUUGAUUGGAACCUAUGUAGAGAGGAAAUCUAAUUGUAGGAGGAUGAGAUAAAAUCACUAAGGGAAAAAAAAAGGCUUCUCCUCUUUUUAUCAAAACUUCGUAGGUUUCCCUCCAUUUAUCAGAGAUACAAAAUAUAGUGGCAGGUAGAGUAACUGUUAUAGCCUAAUCUGCUUGCACUUCGUCUGUGAUAGUGCCAAACACAGCAGAAUUGUCAGUCGAAAUAAAAUUUCCAUGAAUUGGGAAAUGCUUUUUUAAAUUUUUAUUAUUUGAUUGUUCAAGAACAAGAUCAUCAGCAUCAUCAUCUAAGCCUUAUCCCAAUUAAUUGGGGUUCAAGAACAAGAUGAGAAGGAAAAAAUUUUAAAAAGCCGUGAUUGUACCUUUCGGUGGUAUUCCUUUCAAAUAUGGCACUUUGUGCCAAGGGAGAUGUGAUGGCUACUGAGCCCAUAGUUCAAAAACCCAAAAACUUAACUUGAUGUCCUACUAGGUCGGGUUGACUCAAAGACUCAACUUGACUCAGACAUUUAAGUAUUAAAUUAACAAGGAUAUUUAAGUAAUAAUGCUUAUUUAAUAUAAAAAGUUGACAUGGGCUUCCAAAGAUGAAAUGCAUGACUUGUCUGCAGAGUAACUUUGACUCCCUAAGAAAAGUCAAGCAUCGAAUCUCACACACCCUGCUUUCAUUUUUUUAAUUAUG